AAUUUGAUCGAUAUGUGACCGCUUCUCAGGGUAAACCAGUAAAAAACUUUGGAAAUUGUGAUGACACGAAAAAACAAGAUUGCAUUACUAUCUCUGAUUCAAGUGAUGAAGAAUGUAAAUAUGACUCAAACACCCCUCUUAAUUCAAGUGAAAACUCAAGAAAAACAAGGCUUCCAGAUCCUCAGACUCCAGUACAGUGUAAAAGGGUAUGUAACGAAGAAUCCGCUGUCAAUCAAUCUACAUCCCAAGUUCAACCAUCUGAAACAACAACUCCUGUAAAAGAAUCUCAGUUUGAAAGCGUCGGUGUUAAAUUAGUUUCCAUUAGAAUUGGGCAACUGCAUGAAGCACCUCUAUCAUGUAUGAUGGUAACUGGAGACUUUAUAUCUGUUACUCUUACCACCACCAUACUAAAGAUUCCGUGGCACGGCAUAAGCCGCGUGGAGUUGUGCCACGACCUCCAGUCACCUUGCAUUUUCCUUACCAUUGACAACUCCUAUCUACCUACAUUACGUACUGCUCUGGAAAUGGUUCCUGGGAAAUCUCCAUAUUUUGACCCCAAUGGACCAGGAAGUCAAAAAUAUUUUAUUGCUUCAUUUUCGAAAAUUUACUUUGAAUCUUGCAUUCCAAGACUUAAACAAAAGCUUAUUUUUGUGAGGAGGAAACACAAAAAACCAUCAAAUUUUUAUCUUGAAAAAACGAGCGUCGAAGCGAACCAGAUUUUCCUUGAAAUCGCCAACAGUGAGGUUCUUAACGAUGAAAUGAUAUCUGGGAAUUCCCCUUCACCCAGCACCCCCACCUCAUCGAGACCUGGUACCCCAUUAAAUGAGGAAUUUGUGGAAUACUCGAAAACCACUGAGGGUCUAACUUUAGUGUCCAUGAACAAGCAAGAUGUUCGCACAUACAGAGUGACAAGGUCUGCCAUAUUAAAACACCCCGGCACGCCGAGCUCAAGUAUUGACAUUACUAUGCAUUUUACUGGACCAAGAAUUGAACGCGCAAUUUACCCGCCCCCACCCGAAAAGGGGGGAAUCACCAUCACAAACGAGGACGAAUUUUGUCUCAACUCAGGGGAAUUCCUUAAUGAUGUCAUCAUUGAUUUUUAUUUAAAAUACAUCAUGCGUGAACUAUUAAGUGAGGAAGACCGAGGGAGAUCUCAUGCUUUCAGUUGUUUUUUUUACAAACAACUAACUCAAAUUCCAUCCGUUCGUAACAAACCUCAAGUAGAGGACAAAGUUCUAACACCUUCCCAGAAGAGACAUCGAAAAGUACAGAAAUGGACACGAAGUGUCGACAUUUUUGAGAAAGAUUUUAUUUUUUUCCCAAUCAACGAGGCGUCUCACUGGUACCUAGCUGUUAUAUGUUUCCCACGGCAACAAGAAGGCUGUUUAUUUGAUCUCGACGAGGGUAAAGUUGUAAUGGAAGACGAAACGGACCAAAACAAUCAAACUGAUAAAAACGAACCAACCCCCUCGAACCACUGUGAACCAGAACAACCAGUUGCCAAUAGCAACCCUUCGACAGAGAAGACAGUUGCGGAAACAAAUUCUGAAGACAUGUUCGCUGAAACAGACUCGGAUUGUAAUGACAAUGGCGACCAAUAUGAAAUCCAAAUUUUUAGCGUGCGUUCGCUUUCUACUGAAGCGUGUGCGCCGCCGAGCGACCGAACUGUCCAUAAAAAUCAACCCGUUAAGAAUUGUGUCUCGGAGCAACAAGUGCAUGGCCACAGGCAGGAAUAUAGAGCACCUUGCAUCCUUAUUUUCGAUUCUUUGAGAGGUCCGAGUAGAUCCAAAGUUGCUGCCCACUUAAGAGAUUACCUCAAUGUUGAAUGGUCCACCAGAAAAGAAGCUGAAUUGGGCCCUCGCGUAUUUAAUAAAAACACAAUCAAAAUGUGCACCCCCCAUGUGCCACAGCAAGACAAUUAUUCUGAUUGUGGGAUUUUUCUCCUGCAGUAUGUGGAGCAAAUUUUCAAGAAUCCGAUUAAAAACUUUAACGUUCCAAUAAAAAACUUGGUUGAGUGGUUUGACCCAACUGAUUGCCAGAAAAAGCGUGAAGAAAUACGAACAGUUAUUCGAGAACUUUGCAUAAAACAGGGCAAUGACCCAGACAAGCAGUAAAUGUAUUUUUCUUUCUGUUGCUAAACAUCAGCUGAUUUGAUUAAUUUUGUUCACUGCAAACACAUCAUAACAUACUCGCUAAAAAAAUAUGUUUAGAUAGACGUUCGUUGUAGACAAAAAAAUGGUACUGUGGGGUAAGAUAGGACACCUUUAGCAUAGAAUCCAAAUAGCCUGAUCGUUUUUAAACAAUUAACAACGGUCUAUCAUGAGGAUAGGGUUUUAUAAUACAAAAAAAAUAAAUGAAACAGUGUCCCGUCUUCCCCCACCUUACUAAAUGCCAAAUUUUUCGUUUAGUGCUAAAUUCCCAAGAUGCAUGUUAAGUUCAUUAGCGCCAGUGUUAUUAUGUGUACUUGUACUCGUUUCUGUGCUUCUGUUCCGUUCGUAUUUUCAAUACCUUAUAAAUUUUUGUAUUCCGAAUCUCCAAAAGCUUGCCAACAGCCGUGUGAAAAGUGAAUGAACAGGCCGUUUAAAUGGGA